AUGAUGAAAGAUUGCAUUAACUAUUCCAAGGGGUGUGAAUCUUGUCAAAGACACGGCCCAGUCCAGCAGGCUCCAUCAGUUCCCAUGAAUCCAGUGGUAAAACCAUGGCCCUUUAGAGGAUGGGCAAUGGAUCUUAUUGGCAAGAUCUAUCCAGCCAGCAGCCAGCAGCACUGCUUUAUCAUUGUUGCCACAGACUACUUCACCAAGUGGGUGGAGGCCAAGGCUGUUAAAUCCACUACAUCUCAAGAGAUCAUCAUUUUCAUAGAAGAACAGAUUAUCCAAAGAUUUGGCAUCCCAGAAUCAAUCACAACUGAUAGAGGACUGCUCCAAUCCACUCCUUAUUAUGCCCAAGCCAAUGGACAGGCGGAAUCAAGCAACAAAGUGAUCAUCAACAUUAUCAGGAAAAUGCUUGAAAAGAAUCCAAAACAAUGGCAUGAGAAGCUGUCAGAAACUCUGUGGGCAUAUAGAACUUCAAAGAGAGAAGCGACUGGCAUGACUCCCUACGCGUUAACCUACGGUCAUGAUGCAAUUCUGCCUAUGGAGAUAGCUGUUCAGUCCCUCAGAAUUGCUCACCAACAUGACUUAGUAGGAGAAGACUACUCCCAGGCCAUGCUGCUGGAACUGGAGGGAUUGGAUGCAGCCAGAAUUGACACUCUCAACAAACUCCUGGCAGGAAAACAGGCUGUAUCAAGGGCCUACAACAAAGAGUCAGGAACAAGAGUUUUGAAGAAGGGGAGAUAG